UCACAGUGUUUCGCUGUUGUAUGGACAGAUCAGGCCAUCCCUGUGCUGUGUUUUCUUGGUAAAAGGGAGGAGGGAAAUCUGAUAACAGUAAUAAAGUCCAGGUCUGCACAACCCAGCCUUUGAAAUUUGUCCCCGAGUUUAUUAGAACACAGUUUUUUUUUUUUUUUGUGUUGCGUUCACAUUUCCUCCCUUUCCUCGGCUGGUGUACUGAAACAAGGCCGUGUGUCAUCAUGUGGCUUCUUCUACUGCUAGGGAUUCUUGCUGUGGUCUACUUAUACAGAUGGAAUCAAAAACGCCUGAUCCUCCCAAAUCUCACAAACAAGUACGUACUGAUUACAGGUUGUGACUCUGGCUUUGGAAAUUUAGCAGCAAGACAGCUGGACAGACGUGGACUAAAUGUUCUUGCAGCUUGCUUGACUACAAAAGGAGCUGAAGACCUGAAAAAGGAGGCAUCCCGUAAGCUGCAGACUGUGAUCUUAGAUGUCACAGACAGUCAAAGUGUGAGCCUUACAGCCAAUUGGGUAGCUGAUAUUGUAGGAGAUAAGGGGCUCUGGGGGUUGGUGAAUAACGCAGGAAUAUCUCUUCCAACUGCUCCAAAUGAGUGGCUGACCAAGGACGAUUUCUUUAAGAUCCUGAAUGUCAACUUGCUAGGGGUUGUUGAUGUGACUAUUAAGAUGCUUCCUCUGAUCCGAAAAGCACGAGGACGUAUAGUGAAUGUAGCCAGUAUUGCAGGUAGACUUACUAUCUGUGGUGGAGGAUACUGCAUGUCUAAGUAUGGAGUCGAAUCAUUCUCAGACAGUCUUCGCCAUGAGAUGGCCCCUUUUGGGGUGAAGGUCUGCAUUAUAGAGCCAGGAUUCUUCAGUACACAAGUGACAGAUGCAAAGCUACAGAGAGAGUGUGCGAAAAAAAUGUGGACGCGACUUCCAGAAGAAAUCCAAAGGAGUUAUGGACAGCAAUAUUUGGAAAAAUAUUGCUCAAUUGCUGAUCAAAAUUUGGCAACCUGCAACACAAAGUUGUCCCUGGUAUCCGAUUGCAUGGAGCAAGCCCUGACAGCUGAAUACCCCAAGACACGCUAUUCUGCAGGCUGGGAUGCCAAACUGCUCUACAUUCCACUGUCUUACCUCCCUACUAUAAUCACUGAUUUCCUUAUUAGUGUAAUCUACCCUAAACCAGUCCAGAAAGCUUAACUACCUCUACUGCCUAAUUGAAAUUACAGUAAAACCUUGGUUUGAGAGUAACUUGGUUUGAGAGCGUUUUGCAAGACAAGCAAAAUGUUUUAAUU